CUUGUUUAAUAUCAGUAGUAUUUUUAGGUUUAAUUGAUUAGAUAUCAGUGUUUUAGUGUUUUUUUAGAGUAGGAUAUUUUUGUUUUAAUAAUGGAACAGGAAAAAAAAUUGCAGUCAAUAGUUUUUAAAUAUCCAUUGAAUAAAGACACUUCUGUAUGUAGUGGAGAAUUCCAAGAAACUGUUCAAAUUCCAUGUCAGGAAAAUCCGGAAGAAAUUUUCGAAAAAAUAUUUUGUGAAACUAAAGUUUCUCCUCGUGUAAAAAUAGCUGCGAUGAAGCAUUUUCUGAAGUUUAUUCAAGAAAAUAAUGAAAAAUAUUAUGAUGAGAAAUCAGAAAAAUAUAUUUCAGCAUUUAAUCCUGGAGAUUCGACAUUAACCAAAGUCCUGGACCUUUGGGAGCCUUUAUAUUCAAAGAACAGUACACUCUGUGAAAGUGGUAGUAUUCUUACUGAUGAUUCAGAGCUCUUUUCUACUGUUUACCAUAAACUUGUACAUUCUCCUGCUUUGGAAACUAUUUUAAAAGUUGAACAUGCAUAUUCUCUUCUUACCCAAGAAUUAAUUUAUGCUAGAGAUCAAGAUUUGGCAGAACUUUCAACCAAGCAGACAAAAGAAAUGUCUAAAGCUGUUGAAGGUCUCAGCUUAGGACUCACUGAAGCUGACAUUACUGCUAUAGCCAACCGCCAUCUUGAAGAACAUGGUAUGCAAAUAGCUAGUUGGCAGAGCAAGCUUGCAGGAUUACAUGAAAGUCAAAGGACAUCAUAUAGGGAAUGGCUUAUGUCUUUACUGGAACAAAGUUAUGAUGAUAAUGUACCUUUGACACCGAAUACUCCUUCAAUUACGCAAGGCCGAGGAAAUAUUUUAAAUCCUGAAACACAACUAUUGCCUUUACUACAAGAAAGCUUUACUAUCCAUUUGGGUUCACAGAUGAAACAAAUGUAUAACAUUCGAAUUCUCGCUGCAGAUGUUCUUGAUUUUUGUAAACUAAGGUUACCAUCAGAAGAGGAUAUGGAACCUCAACCUCAAAGGCUCCAAACAUCUCUUGGCCUUUACUCAAGUGAUCUGUGCGGUUUAGUACUUUUAUCUGACAAUCAUCUUGGAGGAUUUUCUGGGAUUACAAAAGAUUUCAUUAGAGAAUGUGAAACAUCAACUGAACUGCAUUUUAACAGUGCUGAGGAGCAGAUUGAUAGUAUUCGUGAGUCAGUAAAAGCUGGCAUAGAAUGGCGAAGGUGUAACAAAGUUUUAGAUUCUAAUAUUCUUACUUCAAUGGAACAGCAGUUGCGAAAAAGUAGUACACGAUACUUGCAAACAGGAGACGUUUUUAUUACUAAGCACUCUAAUUUAUCUGAAGUUCAUGUGGUUUAUCAUAUAGUUGUGGAUGAUACAGUUAAAUCAGAUGACAUAACAUCGCGGCAUCCUGUGAUACUUGGUUUACGCAAUAUUAUGAAAUCUGCUUGUUCAUAUGAUGUUACCACCCUCACAUUGCCUGUUCUUUUAACUCAUGAAAUAAAUAAUGAUAUGACUCCAGCAUGGUAUACAAGAAGAGCUGAAUUGAUUUACAAAUGUAUUAAAGGAUUUAUGAUUGAAAUGGCAAGUUGGGGUGGCUCAGAAUUGAAAAAUUUACAGUUGCUGUUACCUAAGGGUCUUAAUGAAGAAAUAUUUAAUUCACUGGCCAGUAUGUUACCUUGUAUUUUUCGAUUAUCGAAUCCGUUAAUUCUUCAAGCCAAUUCAAAUAAUAAAUAAUAAAUUUAUGGUACAAUUGAUGAUAAUAUGGUUGAUUUAUUUAAAAUUAAUAUAAUUGGUUCGAGAUUUUUUUUUACGUAAUUUACGUUUAAAUAAUUUCUCAUUUAAUUGAUUUGUAAUGGAUAACUAUUUUCAGUACAAUUUUCAAUAUUUCUGAUGCAAGUAUAAUUGACAUUGAUGAUUUAAG